UUCAAUAAGCGCAACUAGCAGCCGCGGCAGCACAGCAGCUGCCGCCGCAAUAAAGCCGUCAAAAUUGGCCGAAUGGAUAAGGACGGGGAGAAGAAGGGCGGCGGCGAGAAGAAGGGUGGCGGCGGGCAGGGCGGUACCGGUCUGGGAGGCGCGGCCGGUGUUAACGAUCCGGCCGCGCUGCUAGAUGCCGCCUCACUGUUCGCUUACUGGGGACGAGAUCCGUCAGCAAUGGCGGCAGCAGCCUCCAAUCCACUGUUCGGCUCACAGUUCGGUAUGCCCGGUGGGCUUGGCGGUCUCAUGCCGAAUGCCGGUUCCGGUUCCGGUAGUGGCAACGAUCGAUUUUCCAUGUCCCAUCAAAACCACAACACGAUGGCGGUGGCUGCAUCUCAGGCGGCCUCACUGGCCGGUUUGCACAACAGUUGGUGGUCGAUGGCACAGCUGGCCGCUCAGGACUACUUUGCCCGUCUGCAAGCAUCCGGCAUGUCCCAGCUACCGUUCUCGCAUGAUCUGGCCGGAGCCUUUCCGAGUGGACUUGGACUCGGUGCCAUGAGUGCGGCUGCCGCUGCCGCCAUUGCCGGUGGUAACACCGGUGCUGGUGGGGCAGGUGGUGGAGGAGGUAAUGCUGGCGCCGGGGGUAGUGGGUCCGGCGGUGGAGGUUCCGGCAAGGGUGGUUCGGGCGGUGGCAAAGGCAAAAAGCGCGAUCGGAGUAGCAACAGUAACAGCAGCAAUGCCAGUUCCGGUGGAGGAGCCGGUGGUUCGUCGGUCGGUAUGGGUGGUGGUCUAGGUGCUGGCGGAAUGGGUGGCGGUGUCGGAGGCAACAACAACUCCUCGUACAAGAGCUCACCGUCUCCGUCCGCAUCGCAAUCCUACAAGCAGUCCCUCUACAGUCAAGCGACCUUGCACAAGGAACUAAUGGCCAUUACGGCAGCUGCUGCUGCUGCCCAAAAUCAACAGCAUUCCGGUGGAGGAGGAGGUGGUGGUGGCGGUGGCUCUAGCAGCCAACAGUCCCAGCAGCAGCAACAGCAACAGCAGCAACAACAGCAACUCCAGCAACUUCAGCAACAUCAGCAGCAUCAGCUCGCCAGCCUCGGCAUGUUGGCCGGGCUUGGUGGGUCGGGCAGCAGUAGUGGCGGCGGUAGCGGUGGUAGCUCCAACUCCAAGCAAAAGUCAUCCUCUGGCAGCGGGUCGUCCGGUGGUGGUGGUGGAGGAUCGUUAGCAUCCUCGUCGCCGCACGGUGCGAGCCGGCUGAUUGGGAACGAUUCGAUAUCGAUCACGCGCGGUUCCAGCUCACCGUCGAUGAGCUCCAGCAAACAGCAGCCAACGCCCAGCGUUACCAUCAGUGCCAGCCACGGGAACCCUGGUUCCUCGUCCUCCUCCUCUUCUGCAUCGCAGCAACAGCAGCAGAACCAUCUACAGAACCUGUCGUCCUCAUCCCGAUCGUCGAAAGAUGUCGGUGGAAAGGGUGGCAAUAGCAACAACGCCAACAACGGUGGCGGUGGUGGCCCUAGUGCGGCCGAUUUAGGUCUGAGCGCGUCCAUGAACGCCCUGAGCACGCUGUCGCAGUUUAACAAUCUCGACCUGACGACGCAGCAGAACAUGACGGCAACGAUGAAUGCACUGGCAGCGAGCCAGGCCAAAGCGAAGGACUACAUCUCCUCCGGGAUACUGAAUGACCCUUCCUCGCUGCUUGGCGUGCGGCUACCACCGGACACGGAGAUCAUCAAGUACACCUCAUCCAUCGUGGGGCCCAAGGUACCGGGCACGACCGGCCGUGGACGUAAGAAAACCAUUUCGUUAGAAGACAAUUCCAUUUUUGCUCAAAUGCAUGGUUUAAGUGCAGCCAAGCGCCAGCGACUGGAACCGAACGAGUACGGAAGCAGCGGUGGCAACAGCGGUGGCAGUGGAUCGCAUCUCGGAUCGGGUAGUGGCAGCACCGGAUCAGGAUUACUUCCACCGGGGCUUUCACACCAUCAUCAUCAGCUCGGAAGCAAUGGUGGAAUCGGUGGGCUAGGCGGAGGAACGACUGGUGCUGGCGGCGGAGGAGGAUCGAACGAUCGAAUAGAGGUCAUCAAACUGCCACCAACGAUCACGUCGAACGGGGUGUACAGUGCCGGUAAGGGCGCGGGUAAAGAUGCUAUGGUGGAUCAUAUGAACGAAUGGUCCGGACUUAAUCUCAGUGCGAAAGGAUCCGGUGGUUCUUCGUCGGCAGCAGCCACCAUCGUAUCGUCGCUGACGGUUGCUGGUGGUAUGAAUAGCAGCGGUAGCAACAAUCAAUCGUCGGGAAUGCUCGAGCAAGACGACGCACCGCUGAAUCUUUCCAUGAAACCGUCGAAAACGUCCAACGAAGGUAUGAGGAGUGAUUCAACGCACUCUGCAUCGUCAUCGUCACCUGCCAUGUCCGGUGCUAGUGCGAAUAGUUUGCAAAGUUUAAGCACAAUCACGGCUGCACUCGGUGGUGGUAGUGGCAGUGGGAACGAUUCUGCUCGAUCACGCCGAAAGUCGGAUAAUAAAAACCGUCGUAAUGCGGCCGUUGCAGCUGCGACAGCGGCAGCCGCUGCUGCUGCCGCACUUGGCGCCGGUUCCCUCGGCCUGGACGGGAGUGUCAACAUGAGCCUGGCAUCGGCAGCAGCUGCGUACGCGGCCGCCUCGCCUGUCUCGACCAGUACGGGCUUUUGCACCGGUACGAACAGCACCAGCACGCUCAACUCCCUGCUGAUGGCAUCGGUUGGGACCGGGUCCGGUACCAACACCAUCACCACUACCACAAGCAACACCACUACGAGCAGCGGCAGCGGCAGUUCCACGUCUACGGCUGCUGCUGCUGCCACAGCUGCCAACCAUCAGCUGAUGGCGGCCCAGCUUGGCUUCAACAGUUCGCUGUCCGAGCUUUUGAAAAUCUCCAAUUACGAGGAGUACGAUUAUGCGUCGCUCGGCGGAUCUCAAUUCAAGGAAGGACGUCCACGCAAUCUUGGUCGAGGUGUGUCUAAGCCGAAGAAGAAUACUGUUGCCUCACUGUUGGCACAAAGCCGUGCCGUUGGAUCUAAACCACUCACAGCGCAGCAAUUGUUAACACAGGAUGCAGAAAUUGAAAAACUACGGCAAGCAAUGCUGGAAGCGAGUCGGAAUCAAUCCAUGGACAAUAGCACCUCAAACACCAACACCGACACCGAAAGCAUCUCCGAGAGUGGCAUGUCCGAAUCGGAGGGUGAAGAGCACAUAAAUCUGAAAGAGCUGCGCGUUCCGCUCGAGAAGGGUUGGCGGCGAGAAACGGUAAUCCGUGGACUAACGCGAAAUGGACACAUCAAGGGCGAUGUGUACUACUACCCACCGCAGAGCGUGAACAAGAUGAAGGGCAUGAAUCAAAUUCAGCUGUAUUUAGAUCAAUUUAAGCCGAAGGAUCUGAAUCGUGAUAACUUUAGCUUCUCGGCGAAGGCCAUCGUCGGUACAUUCCUUCAACCGGCCCCACCACCGUACGCAACGGACGGUGAAUUUAUCAAGAUGACCGACGUGGAGGUGAGUCGACGGUUGGAAGAGCUGAAAAUGUUCACCCGACAUGCGGGUCUCGGGGUGGAGCAAAGGAUUGAGAUUGCGAAGCAGCAGCAGGCACUUCGGGACGCUAAGAAGCUGGCCAAGGAAGAGAUGAACAAAAACAAGGAAAAGGCUCGUCAAGCGAAGGAAGCAGAACGAAAUGAACGGUUGGAACAGCAGCGCAAAGAGCGGGAACUGAAAAAUCAACAGGCAAUGGAGGCGAAAAAGAAACGUGAGGAGGAACUAGCGCGACAAAAGGCCGAAGAAGCUGCACGAAAGGCUCAGGAAAAAGAACAGAAACGACAGCAGGCACUACUGCAAAAGGAACAGGAACUUGCCAAACAAAAGGAGUUGAUGUACGCGAUGGAAAUGGAACGUGAACGACGAAGGCAACACAUGGCUCUGAUAAAACAGUUGGAGCUGCGUCGCAAAUUCGAAGAGAAGGAAAAGAAGAAACACCAGGUGAUUUUGGACAAGCUAAUCCAGCGCGAGAAGAAACUCGUGAUGAGAAAACGUGACACAAACAUUCUCGCCGAAUUAAGAAAACCUCAAGAAGAUUCGGAGAUUGUGGAUCAAACGGUGUUGCCUACCUUUUCACGAAUUCCAGGCCUGAAGCUCACCGGCACUGGGUACGCCGAUCUGCUGAUGGUGUUUGAAUUUUUGCACAACUUUGGCGAAACGCUUGGUUUUGAUAUGGAAUCACUGCCGAACCUACAGUCGUUGCAUCACGCACUCACAUCAGAAAAUGCGAUCGAUGCCGAAGAGGAACUCCUGUCCGUGAUGACGCAUCUGCUCGUGUGCGCAAUAGAAGAUCCAGGCAUUCCGAACCCCGGUCGCCACACGACACUGCUCGGACAAACGCUUCGCCAGGCCGAUAUUACGCACACGAACGUUUCGGAGAUUUUGCGCAUCUAUCUGUACGCUGUAGCGACCGGUGAGGUGAAGCUACAGUCCGGCAUUAAUCUCGAGCGCGAUCGUGACGCCCCGUCUAAGCAUCAUCUAGUCAAUGACGAGGAUUUCAAGAUGUGUAGUACGAAAAAUUCGCAGUUUUAUGAACUGUUGGCCGAAAACGCACGCUACAAACUGUCGGAGCUGCUCAAAGACAAACCGUUCGUGGCGCUGAAUCCAACGACAAAGACGGAAAUCCUAGCCAUGCUGUGUAACGAUCUGCUGAUGAACAAAGCGGUGUGUAAGCAGAUCGAUAGCAGUUUGGAAGCUCAAGCGCAACUGAAAAAAGAACGGUACCUGUUGGACAACAAAAUCCGGAAGUACAAAAUGUUGGUGGCGCGCAAGCAACGGCUAGAGCAGUACGAAAAGGCACAACAAGCUGCGCUUGAAAAAUCUCUCUCGAUGAAGGCGGCAGAAGAAGCGAAACGGGCCGAGGAAGCAGCAGCAAUGGCAGCUGCUGCGGCUGCAGCGGCAGCUACGGCGGCGUCAGCUGCAAAUACGACUUCCGAGGAUGGAGUAGUCGCAGUAGUGGAAAGUGAGAUCAAGAUUCCCGAUGAUGCGUCUGGAGAUAAUUCCUGUGAAGUGGUUGAGAAUGGUACGCUGAAGGAAACAAGUGCACCGGAUGUAGAUGGGGAAGGAUUUAAAUGCACCGUUCCGCCAGUAGCAGAAGGAGGAUGCAAAUCGGAAGAGCUGGAGGAAGGAGAAAUCGUUCAAAAGAAAGAUUUCGGUGCAGAAGGACACAAGACUGAAGAUGAUGACGAUGAUGACGAUAACGAUGUGGUGGAAAUCGUUCCGAUGCCUGUGACGUGUACGGUAACGGAAGAUUCCUGUCCAAACACUAUUGCAGCGUCGACCGAUGCGGAUGGAGAUGAAGGUGAACCACUGCCUAAGCUAGAGGCGGCCGCUGUGAAUGAAUCGAGUGAAGUAAUGGAUACAUCCGCGGUGGAACCAACCGUAACGACGAGUAUACACGAACAAAACCACUCGGAAUCGAUGAACGGCAUUGAACCAUCUGCCCCCAUUGCUGGUACGACUGAUGAAACCUGCACAAACCGCAUGGAAGAAAACGGUCCUAGUGUGAGAAUGUCGGAAAGUGAGGAUCACCAUCACGCACCGCCAGUAACUCCUCCACCGCCACAACAGCCAAUGCAUCCCGCCGUUCAUCCUGCUUUGCAACAUAACAAAGUAAUGUUACAGCUGGAGCCAGGAGAAAUACCUCCACCGGGUAUGGAUAUCUCGUCGCUAACUGGUAACCGUCACAACGAAAUACCGACCAUAUCCAUCACUUCAACACCGGAGGAUAGUCCAGCUAAGAUGGGAGAUGUCGAAACGUCCAACGUUGGUGUGUUUAACAUGCCCGGAAAACCUGUUGGAGGGACGGAAUUAACCAAUGGAGAGCAGCAGCAGCAGCAGCAGUCGCAACAACACCCCUCACCGCAAGUGCAUCAAAAUCAAGCGAAUAACUCCGCACCCGAUUUAGAUUUGUUGUCUAAAUCGAUCAUCAACGAUCACGCGACCUGUGGCGAUCGUACCGACGAGGAUAAUAGUGAUCUGGAGAGUGAAGGAACGCAGCUAGAAGAAGACGAAGAUGCACAUUUAACUGCGGAAGAAGCGCAAAGAAAGUAUGAUAAAAUUCUGGAGACUUCGUUCCAAAACAAGCAGCAGCUUGAGAACGCUUUAAAUCAGCUGCGGGUGAAAUGUUUCGGACAGGACCGGUAUUGGCGUCGGUAUUGGAAUCUGGGUAAAUGUGGUGGUAUUUACGUAGAAGCCAUGGAAUCUACCCAACCUGAAAUGUAUCGGUACGAGAAUGCACUUGAGGAGCUGCAGAGCCGGCCGGACUAUGUGCCGAAGUAUGCGCCAGCUAUUAAACCGGAAAGUGCUGUAAAGCCUGAGCAUUCUACGGUGGAUGUAAACUGCAAGAAAGAGGAAGUCGGCGAAGCUGGUGGAGAGAUAGUUAAGGAAGAAGGUGUGACACAGGACAUGAAGCAAGAACACCAAGCAGGACCUGUGGAAGACCGGAAGCGGAAGCGCUGCUCUUCGGUGUCGCUGAAAAAGAUGAAGAAAAAGAAAAAGAAGCAACGAACAACGUCCGAGGGCGGUGGGAUGUUUGGUGGUAGUCAAGGUGGUACAGCAGCGAGUGGUGGGUACCAUGAGGGAGAGGAAGAUGAUGGGGAUGAUGAAGAGGAGGAAGAUGGUGUCGACGAUGAUGAUGAUGAUGAUUGUUCACGGACGAGUUUUGGGAAUGGGCCAGCACUGGAGGACGGUCGUACGGCAGAUUCGCAGUCGGAUGAUUGUAAGAUCAUCGAUGAGCCGGAGGUCGUGAUGAAGGAAGGCAGCACUGUGGAUGAUCAUAUCAAAGCUGCGGGUGGGGCUGGUGCGAAUGGGAACACCGACACCACAAUUCACGCAGAAGGUAAGAGUGAGCAGUCGAACGAACAGGAGUCUCAUCAGGAGAAUCAUAAGCCGAUAGAAGAUGGCCAAACGACAGAAACUCCAAGCGGUGGAGCUAAGAAAUCCGAGGAUCAACUUAUGGACGUUGAAGAUUCUAUUCCGACAGCGAUCCUGGUGCAGAAGGGCAACGAUCAUGACGAGACGAAAACGGUCGAGGUUAAUAAUCAGAUUGGCGGAGUGAACGUGUCACAACAAGCGCCUUCAUCAGCAACUGCUGCAUCAACAACGACCACACACGAGGAUGACGAUGAUUUGACGAUGGUAGUGCAGGAUGAACCUCCCACAAUCACAAUUCCCGACGACGACACGGAGAGUGGCGAUCGGAUGACGGGGACGGAUCAACAGGAAGUAGAGGGCAGAGAACAGAAUACAGGUGUUAACAGAAUCGAGCACGAUAAGGGUUCGUCGGUGGGCGAUGGUAGCAUGAACUGUGAUAUGAAGCCAAAAUUGAUGGAAAACGGUGUGGAGAUGCGCGAUCCAGGCGAGCUGGUUGAGUGUCAGCUGCAGGAGGUGGACGACGACGAAGAGAUAGUCACCGGAGGACGUGCGAAUGUUGGCCGCACUGGUGAUUGUAAACCAACGAUUGCCGUUGGCGAUAAUGGUGGUGUUGUUGAGCGCAAGCCGCGAACAACGACCACUACCUCGGUGAUCUCGUACGGUAGCGAUGUGGAGAUGAUUGAGGUUAAAGAGGAGGAGACGACCUGUGUUUCGAGUGCUCCAAUCACACCGGGCAGCUAUCUGUAUCUGCGCAACACAGACACCAAGCAGGAGAAGGAGUUUAGCGACCAAUUGCUCAACCGUUGGUUCUCGAUCGUCGACAAGGAACUGCCGCUCUCGAGUACGGAGUGUUCACUGCCGACCAUUAACGGCAAUACACCUGCCUCGUUGGCGCGCCAAAUCUUCACCAACAUCACGUGUCGGGAGAUCUGUCAGAUUCAGGGCAAUCGGUGGGACAUUGGCAACAAUAUCCAGUUCUUUAGCGUUCCACUAGAGAAGGGAGUAGAGAUCCAUUUUCCCAACGAAUCGAUCCUGUCGAUGUCCGGAUUGGAUGACGACGAGAUUAAUGAGGUGAUUGCGAAGAAAAGCCGACCGGAACCGUUGCAGCUGUCCGAUAUGAAGCCGGCCUUUAAGCGGGAAACCAUCGAGUACUCGUACAGCCACCAUCACCCGAACCAGAUUCGAUUACGGGCGGAGAUGCUCGCCGAGGAGACGGCUGAUCCGGAAGAAUAUGGCAACUUUUCGCUACCGGCGUACAUGACGCUUACUCUCUCUAAUCUGACCGCGUACGUGCAGUGUGAUCAGUUUCAACCUCUGCAGAUGACACCGGAGGAGGAGAAGCAGCUGGAAGAUGUGAAGCAGCACGGUGCACCGCAGAAGACGGAACCUCAGGUUGUACCUCGUGAGUUCCGCUAUGGUUGGUGGAAGAUUAACGAUAUUGAGGAGUUGAACGAGCUGAUCAAGGCACUGAAUCCACGCGGUGUCCGGGAGCGGCUGCUAAGACAAAGUCUUCUCGAAUCGCUAGCAGAAAGCGUGAAUCUCACAACGCCCCAUCAUGUGUCGCAUCCGCGGGCGGCACCACCACCAAACGGGUACAUUGAGCCGGAAGCUUGGAAUGCGUGGAACCCGUCCAUCGCAAGGCGUGUCGAGGUGGCACUGCUCGAUCAGAUUGAAGCGAUGGAAGAUAAGGUGGCGAGCGCUUCGAUGCAGGUGAAGGGUUGGCAGAUGCCACAGCGCGAAGGUGACAGCGAGAAUGGCGUAGUGGAGGACGUGACAAUUGAGAUGCUGCGCGAACGAAUUCUGGGUCUGGAAGCGGCCAUCGAACGACGCUACCUCAAACCACCGCUGGGAAUCAAGUCUCCCAUCCACAGCACCACCGAGGCGCAAAUGGCGGUCAUUGCGCAGCAGGAGUCGCACCACAACCAGAACAACGCAAACGUGUCGAAUCUGUCCAACUGCUCCAACAGCUCCGCCGAGGAUGAGAAUCUCCCGAAAGGUCUGCUAUCAUGGCGCGACGCAGUAGAACGUUCCGUCACUACCGCACAACUAUCGAUGGCACUGUACGUGCUGGAAUCGUGCGUCGCCUGGGACAAGAGUAUCAUGAAAGCGCAAAGCACAAAGGGGGGAAAGAAUGGAAACAAAAAAGCAGGCAACAAAUCGAGCAAAAAGAAGAAUGGUGGUGCAGCCGCUAAUCAGCACGAUUCGCCGGCCAGCAAGAAGGGCACUGCUUCUAACAAUAAUACUACUACCACUACUACCACUACUAUCACUACUACUAACCUCUCGGGAUCCAACUGGGAAUACUCAACGAUGGCGGCGGCAACGGGGACAGCGACGAUGAACACGGGCAACAACGCGACCAAUGGCAAAUCGAAGAAGAAACCGCUCUCGAAAUCCAAACUGUCUUCCCUUCUAUUGCAGAAUUGUCAGUUCUGUCAAUCGGGAGAGUCUGAAGACAAGCUGCUGCUGUGCGACGGUUGUGACCGUGGCUAUCACACCUACUGCUUCAAGCCACGCAUGGACAAAAUUCCCGAUGGUGAUUGGUAUUGUUUUGAGUGUAAAAACAAAGCUACGGGUGAUAGGAAAUGUAUCGUUUGCGGAGGUCUUCGGCCACCACCGUUAGGCAAAAUGGUUUACUGUGAGUUGUGCCCACGGGCCUAUCAUCAGGACUGUUAUAUCCCGCCAAUGCUUAAGUAUCCUCGUGGUAAAUGGUACUGCCAGAACUGUGUCGCAAAGGCGCCGCCAAAGAAGAAACCGCAGCGCAAACCGAAGGAACGCACCACCAACAACAGCUCUCAGUCGCUGCUUAACAGCUCGUUAAACAGCUCUCAGAACCAGUCGUUGAAUUCAUCCCACGAGGAUAUCGCAACGACCCCGUUAAGUCCAGCACAUUCAAUAGCGUCCACGAGUCAUGAAGAGUCGUCGGCGCCGCCACAACCACAUCUACAGCCACCGCAUAACAGUACGAUCGUGAGCCACAUGUCGGGAGGGGUCGCGACUACUACCACAGCAUCAACACCCGGCUAUCAUCAUCAACAGCAGCAGCAGCAGCAGCAGCAGCAACAACCAAUGCCAAUGAGCAGUGUCCCUACGAUCGAUGAGAACAAUUACGCCAUGUGUCACCCUCCUGUACCGACUGAUGCCUCAAUGUCAGCUUAUGGCCAGCCGCAACAGCAGUACUAUCAGCAGUUUUAUCCGCAACAGGCGCCUCAAGUUCCACCAACACCAUCACAACAGCCGUAUUAUCCGGUGCUGGCUGAAAGCAAUCCAACAAUGGUUGAAGAACAGUCAAAUUAUGCUGCUCCAGCUGCUACAGCGAAUGAAUCUGAAGCUUAUUCCGUUGCACAAAACGAGGACGAGUCACCGAUCGAUACGAGUGCUCCAUCAUCUCCACCGAAACAAAUUGAAGGUCCCGUAUCCCCCGCGCCAACUGCCGCCGCUUGUAGCAGCAGUGGGGAAUUUUUUUCACCAUCAACCAGCGCAAUGAACGCAUGCUCCUCUUCGGCCAGCUAUCUGGACAGUGGUGAACAGCGUGCCGUGCUAGCGAACGAUGGUGAAGGAAGCUGUGGUGGUGACUCAUCGGAGGAGUAUCAACCACGACCGUCUCCGGUGAAGGAAUCGCCAAGCAUGACCAGCAGUAGCAGCAGCAACAGUAGCACUAGCGAUCACCAGCGAAAGGAACGUUCGAAGGAGCGCGAUGAAGCGAAGGAACGGGCAAAACAGGAGAAAAAGGCAACGAAAAGACUGCUGAAAGAGUUGGCCGUUUGCAAAACGAUCCUGGAGGAAAUGGAGCUGCACGAAGAUUCGUGGCCAUUCUUGCUGCCGGUAAACACGAAGCAGUUUCCGACGUACCGCAAGGUCAUCAAAAGUCCGAUGGAUCUUUCGACGAUUAAGAAACGCCUCCAGGAUUUAGUGUAUAAAUCACGCGAAGACUUUAUCGCAGACGUGCGCCAAAUAUUCGACAACUGUGAAGUCUUCAAUGAGGAUGACUCACCCGUCGGCAUUGCCGGGCACGGUAUGCGCAAGUUCUUCGAGCAACGGUGGGCCGACCUAACGGAAAAGCACACCUCUUGAUACCAUCAGCCGAAGGAAGUGGUCGUCGACGUUGUUGACACA